UCUGCGUUCAGAUCUCUUUCUUUUUUUCCCCCUCCAGCCAAACAAGCCUCAUCAUUCUCAAGCAUCAGCUUUUGACUCAACUUUGACUUCGGUCGUCCACUCUUUAACAAAGCUUCCAGCUUAACACAUUCGCUCUCUUAAUCAACAAACUUCAAACUUCGUUUUCACGAAACCCCCCCACCACCCUUCAAAAUGCGUUACACUGCUGCCGCCCUCGCCGUCGCCGGUGCCGUCAUGGCCUACGAUGACGAGCCCGCUUCUACCGUCUUCUCCACCAAGUUCUUCACCAUUACCUCGUGCGCUCCUGAGGUCACCAACUGCCCUGCCCGCAGCACCGUUGUCUCCUCCAGCGUCGUUCCCCUGACCACCUCUACCAUCUACACCACCAAGGUCAGCACCGUCACCUCCUGCGCUCCCGAGAUCACCAACUGCCCCGCCGGCUCGACCGUCGUCGUCACCAAGACCGAGGCCGUCUCGACCACCGUCUGCCCCGUCACCGAGACCGGCGCCAAGCCCACCCCCACGGCUCCCGUUGUUGUCCCUCCCCCCGUUGGCCACAACACCACCGCCCCCGGUGUCCCUAUCAAGUCUGAGGCCGUUCCCCCGGUCAAGCCUACCACCGAGACCGGCGUCAAGCCCGUUCCCGUCACCACCGGCGGCGUUGCUCCCUCCGUCUCCAAGCCCGCCACCCUGGCCACCAGCGCCGCCUCCGAGUGCCCCGGAUACUCUGUCAAGACCAUCUCCACCAGCGUCACCACCGUCGUUCCCACCGUCAUCUACGAGACCGUCAAGGUUCCUUGCCCUACCCCCAGCAAGCCCUCUGCCACGAUCCCUGGUGUCCCUACCGGUGGCAACGGAACUGCUGUUCCUCCCACCAAGACCCCCGUCACCGCUGGUGCCGCUGGCCUGACCGGCUCUGCCGUCCUGGCCGCCAUCGCCGGUGUUGCCGCCUUUGCCUUCGCAUAAAUAUCUUUUCCUGGACAACUCUUCUAAGGAAAGCCAACCAAGGCUACGGCAGUUUACGAUCAAAUCUAGCGGGUUUCUUUGCUUAGGAGUCGAGACGAAAUGUAAAAAGAGCCCUUCUCUUUGUACAUGUAUCAUCUUAACGGAAUGGCAAAAUACCAUUUGUACCUAAUCUUCUAAUUGUAUUUGGGGGACGUUUGCGGCCUGGGGAGGUCUCCCUCACCUUGCGAUCGAGGAUACCGAGCGCGAGGGAGGUGUUUCCUUCCGAGUCCUGACGGCCUGGCUUUAACGACGAAGUGUUUG